AUGAACCAAACGGCACGCCUCAGUGUGAAUGGGCCCUCAAGGAAGCGGAGAUCUCUCGGGAGGCGCGGCCUCCGCACACAGUUAUCCCGUAACCGAUUGUCUGUUUCUCCGUUACAGAAAGCCAGACUGGGCCCGGCCGGCAACAAGGUCAUCAGCCCGAUAGAGGACCGCAAGCCGUACAACAACAUCGACAACGUGGCGCUGUCGGACUUCGUCUUCCUGACGGUGCUGGGGAAGGGCAGCUUCGGAAAGGUCAUGCUGGCGGAGAGGAAGGGCAGCACGGAACUUUACGCCAUCAAGAUUCUGAAGAAGGACGUGGUGAUCCAGGACGACGACGUAGAAUGUACCAUGGUGGAGAAGAGAGUGCUAGCUCUGCAGGACAAACCCCCCUUCCUGACACAACUGCACUCCUGCUUCCAGACAGUGGACCGGCUGUACUUUGUGAUGGAGUAUGUGAACGGAGGAGACCUCAUGUACCACAUCCAGCAAGUGGGGAAGUUCAAAGAGCCCCAAGCAGNGUUCUACGCGUCGGAGAUAUCGGUGGGCUUGUUCUUUCUGCACAAGAAAGGAAUCGUGUACCGGGACCUGAAGUUAGAUAACGUCAUGUUGGAUGCUGAAGGUCACAUAAAGAUUGCAGAUUUUGGGAUGUGUAAGGAGCACAUGGUGGAGAGCGUGACGACCCGAACGUUCUGCGGGACCCCAGACUACAUCGCCCCCGAGAUCAUCGCUUACCAGCCGUACGGGAAGUCCGUGGACUGGUGGGCCUAUGGGGUCCUGCUGUAUGAGAUGCUGGCCGGGCAGCUGAUGACGAAACACCCGGUGAAGCGGCUGGGCUGCGGGCCGGAGGGUGAGAGGGACAUCCGGGAGCACGCCUUCUUCAGGAGGAUCGACUGGGAGAAGCUGGAGAACCGAGAAAUCCAGCCGCCGUUCAAACCCAAAGUGUGUGGCAAAGGAGCCGAAAACUUUGACAAGUUCUUCACAAGGGGACAACCCGUGCUGACACCCCCCGACCAGCUGGUCAUCGCCAACAUCGAUCAGGCAGACUUCGAAGGCUUCUCCUACAUCAAUCCACAGUUUGUACACCCCAUCCUGCUGAGUCCAGCGUGAACACAGAGACUCUGAAUGGGACCUUCAGGGGGCAUAAAAGGCUUAACCCUACAAUUUUAAGGUCGCAGCUUU